AUGGAGUCUUUGAAAACUUUGUCAGCUGACAAUUUAUCUGCCUUAUUUGGAUUGUCAUCCAAAUAUCUUUUACAAGAUUUUACAGUCUUAAAGCAAAUUCCUUUUUCGCAAAGGGAAAACUUUACUAUCUGCAUAGAAUAUCUUACUCUUUAUAAUCUUUUUCUACUUUAAAUUAAUUUUUUCGCUUUAUUUAUUAUUUGUUAACCAUUUUUUUUUAUAUAGUAGAGAUAAUUUUCUUCCAAAAAGCUAGAAAGAAAUGUGGUAAGCAUUCAUCUGAAUAUCUUCACCAAAUCGAAGAAGAAAAUUGGCCUUCUGCAUUAAAAGACGUCGUUAUUAGAAAUCUUACAGAAAUUGAUACUGAAUUCCGCCGUCGACAAGAAAAAGAAAGACUUGUUGAUAUAAAUUGAAGAAUUGAUGUAUCCUUAUCUACUAAUUCAUUCAGCAAAGUUCUCAGGCCAGAAGUCCAAGUAAAAAUGACCAAUGGGGAAAAAGAAAUUUCUUUUCAUAUGACAGUUGCACAAUUUCAAGAGCUGAGAAGACAAACUGCUGGCAUCCUCAAAGAUAUGUUCACAUUGGACCAAUUCGCUUUUAUUCGUAACCUUAAAUAA